UCUCCACCAGUCUCCACCACCAGUGCCCAGACACCCACUGACUCCACACAAGACUCCUGCUCUUCUGUCUACAGCUACGUCCAGUCACAUCCCAGCUGCUCCAUUUAUGAUUACGAUGCUCACGAGGGAGGGUGUUCAGGAUUCUACUGCUCAUGGAACAGUUCCUUUAUCGAAGUUUAUGUGGAGGAAUGUCAAGAUCAAGUCUCAGUUGCAGUCCACUAUGACAGCUAUUAUCCAGACUAUGUUGAGUUUCAGUAUGUCUACAACCAGAGUGAGAUAGUGGACAAUUAUGGCCAAGGAGACACUGGCAGAUACAGUGGGAUACUGGCUAGAAAUGCCAGCCACCUUGGAUUUGAGCUCAAUCUAGACAGAGAUGGGGAAGUGGGGGAAAUACUCGUGGACCCAGUAUACUUUCCUCUGCUCCCAGGAGAGUUUAUGUGUGACUCCAUGCAGGCAGUGGCUGAGGACAUGGACUUGUUGGUAUCGUCCUCUUGCAACACAACCAAUGAUGAAUGUACUGAACUACUGUGUAAUGUGGAAGGGGGUUCUAUAGAGAGAGUGACAAUAAGCAUCUCGCAGUGUGAUAAUCCUCCAACACUGACACUGGGGAUGGUGGUCAACGGUCAGAGCUACACUACAGAAUUGACUGACAGUACAACAAGGGCAUUAGGUGAUCUUGGAGUGACAGUGAUUUACACUGUCUGGUAUAUACUACAACUACUCCAUGGACAUACAGAUAGUGGCACAGAACGGUGACGCCUACUACGAGAUUCCCUCUCGUCACAAGAUCAUCUUGGACCUCACCUCCUGUGGUCCUUCUCGACCUCUUGACCUCUCAACUGCCCCUCCCCCUACCAUUGAGUUUACUGAGCCCACCAUACCUUCCACCACUGACAGUUCUUACGAUACGUGUGCAGCUCUCCAGUCUAUAUCUAUAGCUGAUGGCACUUUGUGUAACACAAACCAAGCCUACACAGCCCUGGAGUGUGAGAUCUUAAGACUGGAGAUACAGGUGGACCAGUGCCACAACCCUCCAGGGAUCAUCAUCACUCUCUACAAUAGCCAAAACCAGCCUGUCUUUAACCAAUCCUACUACAACGAAUCUACCUUUGUUAACGAUAGUGUGCUCCCUGUGGAUUUGAAUGUGACCGUAGAACAACUUCCCCCUAAUGCCAUCAUUGUGGAGGUGUCUGCGAUCAUUCGUUUACGAAUCCCUCUACCAUUUCCAAACCAAAUCCCCCUCGUUCCAAGAACUGUCAUCCCUAUCGACAAGAGCACUUGUGUCACUUCAGCCCCACCAACAACAGCCCCUACUCCAACCUGCUCGGCAAUGCAACACAUCCAGCAAGAGCUCUCCAGUGUCACAGUCAAUCCCUGCAUCUUCCCCGAUGACCACAACUGCUCCACGCUCACCUGUCCAGGGAUUGGAGAUGAAUUUACCAUCAGCGUCCUCCGAUGUGCCCAUCCUCCUGCUGUCAGGAUCAUCUAUCACCACACAAUUGGUACUAUCCUUGACCACACCUUCAACCAUUCUGAAGUGGCUCGAAUCCCUGGUACCACCAGUCUAGCAUUCAAUGUUACACUGGAUCAGCUCUGUCCCAUUGCGAUUGGCCUUCAGGUUGAUGUAACCUCAGAUUUUGGCAGUAGUACUCUUAUUCCUUACACAGUUAUCCCCAUCAACACCACUGGCUGUGGUGGUCAAGACUCGGUGCCAACCACUGCCAGUCUCUCCUGUACAUUGUCCCCAUUGACUCCAACAGUAUUGCAACCAUCUCACACAGGAACUGGGUCCCUAACUAUUGUGACUCCACCCACUGGUUCAACCACAACCCUACACCUCUCACCUAGUCUGAGUGGCGUUUCCUAUACCCUGUCUUUAUUGUCCACUGGAUCAGCUAUGUCCCUAUCAACUCCAUAUAGACAUUUUCCCACUGGAUCAACUCCAUCUUCUUCCACUGGAUCAACUCCAUCUUCUUUCAAUAGACCAACUCCAUCUUUUUCCACUGGACCAACUCCAUCUUCUUUCAAUAGACCAACUCCAUCUUCUUCCACUAGACCAACUCCAUCUCCUUCCACU